AUGGCCCUCUCCGAAGAACAAAUUCAUGCCACAAUCCAGGCCGUGGUCGACGACUUCCGUGGUUGGACUCUCGCACCCAUCAUCCACUACCCCGAGGAAGCUGGCCUCGAGUACGAGGACGUCUUCUUCCCAUCUGAAGAUGGAGUUCCCCUCGAGGGAUGGUUCAUCCCAUGCAAGGGUUCCAACAAGAUCAUCAUAGCCAACCAUCCGCACUGGUUCAGCCGUGCUGGUCUCCCUUCUCACUUGGAGCCCUGGAACUCGCUCGUCCCGGGCAAUGACUUUGAUGUCAACUUCAUCCCCGACUACAAGAUCCUUCAUGAUGCUGGAUACAACGUCCUUGCGUAUGACCUACGCAACCACGGCCACAGCGGAAGUGGCAACAACGGCCUCUUUGGUUUCUACGAGUGGCGCGAUGUCCUUGGUUCACUCAAGUAUAUCCGCAACCGCCCAGACACGAGCGGCAUGACCAUUGGCCUCUUCAGUCGUUGCGCCGGAGCCAACGCAACUCUGGCCGCCAUGAAGCGUCGCCCUGAAGCCUUUGAGGGCGUCCGUUGCAUGGUUGCUCCCCAACCUCUGACUAUCCGACUCGUCUUCGAAACUCUUCUCGAGGCACUUGGAGCCCCAUCUUCUUAUAUGGAGGAAGUCGACCGGCGAUUCUUUCUCAAGACAAGCUUUCACGUCGAUUACGUUGCCCCAGCGUCUGACGCCAAGCAUGUCCACGUCCCUACCUUUUUGUACCAGGUCCAUGAUGACCCUGGCACACGGCCUGAGGACGUCCAGUCUAUGUAUGACAAUAUUCCCAUCGCUGAGAAGAAAUUACAUUGGAUCCAGGGAACGACGAAGCGCUGGCAUGGGUAUACUUAUUUUCAGAAAGAGCCCCAGCAGUUCUUGGACUGGUUUGCUCGAUUCAUGGAGUAA